UAGUAAAUGAAAGUUGACUAUUCCAACCAACAUGCAACUGCAACAGUAAUAAAUCUGUGGUGCUAAAAAAAAGUUGCUUGGCAAAAGGAUAAUGCUUGAUAGUGCUCAUAAAAGUUGUCUUUAAAAUCACAUUCUACUACUCCUUCACAAUUUCGUUCUUUGUAUCUCAAAAUAAAAGCUUUAAGUCUCAAUUGUAGUGUCAAAAUACCAUAUUCAUCACAUCAUUUCAAUUCACUUCGUGUUUAAUUUGUGCAUUGUUGUUCAUAGAAUUAAGAUGGCUGCUUAUGCAGCUCUGGUUUCUUUUAUGCGUAUUAUAGAUGAUAUUGAAACUCAUCCUUCCCCUCCGAUUUCUCUCGACAACCAACAAGUGAAAUCUCUCACCGAAAUAGUUACCUUCUUGCAGGAAUUUCUCGAAAGCUACAAGUCACCCUACGACUACAACGACGAAGCAGAUCCAUUGGAGAUUCGCAUUAUGGAUGCAAGUCAUACAGCUGAAGAUGUGAUUGAGUCCUAUAUCAUUGACACCAUUCAGCUUUCUGCAUCAGCAACUAAUGAUGGUGCUGAUGAGCAAAUCAGUUGCAUCCACUUCUAUCAAGAUCUGCAAAAUGUGAUAGAAGAAUUGGAUUUAAUCAAGAAAGAGGUGGCUGGGAUUCCUAAGGAGAAGGUAGUUCACCAUAGGAACUCCUGUUUUGAUGAUGCUGGUUUAAGACCCAGUGGAUCUACUGAGAAGAAGCAUCUCAUGGUAGGGUUUGAUGAUGUGCUUCUUCAGCUCCUGGAUAGGCUUACCGAUGGAAACACCAGCCGCCAAAUCAUCCCUAUAGUAGGGAUGGGUGGCAUCGGAAAAACCACUCUUGCAAAAGGUGCGUUUGAACACAAGCUUUGUAAGGAGCGUUUUCAUAUUUGUGUGUGGGCUACCAUUUCUCAAGAGUAUAAUAUAGGAGAAACUCUUAGGCACGUGCUCUCUCAAGCUAGAGGGUACUUGAGCAAUGAGAGUGAAAAUGACUUGGGGAAAAUACUUUACAAAUAUUUGUCGGGUAUGAGAUAUCUUGUUAUAAUGGAUGAUAUGUGGAACAAAGAAGUUUGGGACAAGAUGAAGUUUUUCUUUCCUGAAUACAAUAAUGGGAGUCGAAUAAUAGUGACAACUAGAAUGUCAAACUUAGCUGCCCACUUGACUGAUUCCAAUAACCUCUUUAAGAUUGGAUUUCUUGACGAAGUUAGUAGUUGGACUUUGUUUUCCAAAACUGUAUUUGGGGAACAAAGUUUUCCUACUCAUCUUGAGAGUAUUGGAAAGAAAAUUGUGGAAAAGUGUAAUGGACUUCCUUUGUCUAUUGUUGUGGUAGGGGGUCUAAUGGCUAAAUCCGAAGUUACACUAGAAUAUUGGGAGCACAUAGAGAAAAACUUAAGCUCAAUAGUGAAUUCAGAGAAUGAUGAUUAUUGCUUGAGAAUACUGAAAAUGAGCUAUGACCACUUGCCUGCUUAUCUAAAGCCUUGUUUUCUCUAUAUGGGAAUGUUUGAGGAAGACUGUAAAAUUCUUGCUUCAACAGUUGUCCAACUAUGGAUUUCUGAAGGAUUUCUUAAACCAAUAGACAACAAAAGCUUGAAAACAAUUGCCGAACAAUACUUCAAAGAACUAGUGGAUAGAAAUCUCAUUUCAGUUCAUAAGUGGGGGAUACUUGGGAGUGUAAUAUACUAUAAAAUCCAUGAUUUACUAAGAGAUCUAUCAACGAAAGAAGCUGAAAAACAGAGGUUUUUUUAUGUCUCGAGGGAUCAAAGUCCUCGAGGACUAAUUACCCAACAACGUAUUAUUAUUCCUAGAAGCACUUCAAAGGAAAAAGUCCAAGAUGCCUUGGGAAAUAUGGCUCAUGCUCGUUCGUAUCUAGUGUUUAAUAAUAACAAAGUUGGUCAAUUCCCAAAUUCUAGAUAUUUGAGGAUAUCGCAUGUGUGUGGUUGGCUAACCAAAGAGGAGUAUUCACAACUAAAUGUGUUUGAGUUGAUGAACUCACGGUAUCAUUGUCUUGAUACUUAUAAGAAGUUUGUAAUUCCUUCUUCCAUCAAUCUGCUUUGGAAUCUAGAUACACUGAUUAUUAUUUGUCCGGAAAAUUUGAUUGCACCAGCUGAAAUCUGGAAAAUGUAUAAACUUAGGCAUCUCGAGCUUCUAACGUCGAGAUUGCAUCUCCCAGAUCCUCCGAGGGCGGACGAUGAUAUUGUUAUGAUGGAGAAUCUAGAAGUGCUCAAACGAGUGAUAAAUUUGAAUGUAGGUGAAGAUGUUGUUAAAAGAAUUCCCAAUAUCAAGGAAUUGGAUAUGAGGUAUAAUGGAAAGCUAAUUGAUGGAGUGAACUAUCUGAGUUGUCUUCACUGUCUUAGUAAACUGGAAUCCUUGGGGUUGUGGCCCCACUCCCCUGAUAUUGGAAAGUAUCUACAGAAGAUCAACUUCCCACCCUCCAUUAAAGAGUUGAUUCUCGACCUACCAAGUGAUUUAGAGUUGGAGGACAUACUGCAAACGAUAGGUUCCUUACCAUUUCUUGAGAGGCUCGUAUUAUAUGGAGGUCGCUUCAGAAGACGCGAGUGGGAAACAAUGGAAGACCGAUUCCAGAGUCUCAGGUCACUAACAUUGUCUGAAUGUGGUGAUCUAGAAAAGUGGACAAUGGCAGAGAGCUCCCACUUUCCACUUCUUAUAAGGCUUUGUCUUUAUUACUUAAAAGAAUUGAAAGAGAUUCCUUCAGAAAUUGGAGAAAUACCAACACUCAGCUCAAUUGCAUUGGAAAUGUGCAAUGAAUCAAUGGUGUUGUCGGCUAAAAAGAUAUUAGAGGAACAAGAGGAUUUAUAUGAAGACCAAAUUGACCUUCUUGUUCACGCUAUAGUUCAGAAGAAAGAUGAAGCAUUGCAGAAGUUGGAAACUUCCAAUUUUAAAGUUACAGUGGUUUAGACUGAUGUUAUCAUAAAUAUCACUCUUCUUUUAUGUGUGUUUUCCUCCUGAUUCUAGUUAAUUAACUCUCUCUUUCGCUUUUC